CGCCUCUCCUGCAGCCGGCAGCCACGAGACAACGGAAGGGGCCAGCCAUGGCAACGGCGGAGAACAAGAGGCCUCGGAGCAGCGGCGGCGUGGAGAGGCCGCCGAGUAGGAAGGAGAUAUCAUGCUUUUGGAUAGAUAUUGGGGAGGAAGAAGGCCAUCAAAGAACUUAUAAGGAAAGCUGUAGCUGUGAAGGACCAUCUUGCGCAAUUCCCGGAUUUUCAUAAAUACGAGAGAAGUGGUUUUUCGAUCUACUUGGAGUCUGGGCAUGGCAAUCAGCUUCCAGUGCCAACGAGGAAGUACAUCCAAAAUCUUCUCAAGGCUAACAUGAAGGGAACUUAUGGAUCAGAAUGGACUUCAGAAGAGAAAAUUAAGCGCCGGGAAAUGGUUGCUCCAGAAGCACGAUAUAUCCUGAUCUGCCAAUAUGCAGACAGUGAUAUUGCCAAAUGUUUCAUGAAGCAAGAUUCAGGGGUGGAAUGUGCACAUGUGACAUGCCGUGGAGGCCGCUUGCUUGGUUUUGUACACUACAGAUUUGUUGUUGAAGAGGAUGUUCCUGUUCUUUAUGUGUAUGAGCUACAAUUGGAGUCUUCUGUCCAAGGGAAGGGGCUGGGGAAGUUCCUAAUGCAGUUGAUUGAACUUAUAGCUUGCAAGAGCCAAAUGGAGGCCGUGAUGCUAACAGUUCAAAAAUCUAAUACAGAUGCUAUGGCUUUCUACAACAAUUUGGGAUAUGUAAUAUCCAGUACCUCGCCAUCACGAGUGGAUCCACUGGUAUUACUUUACCAAGAAAUAGUAUCCACAGGAACAAGAUAUUUGUACGUUGACUCCUUCAUUUUCCACAGAUUGGAAUUCAUAGAAGCUAUGAGAUCUUGUGCAAGGCAUUUGAAUCUGAAGCCAAGUGCAAAUUGGAGGAAGGCAAGUAAUGCACGGGGGAGCACAACACGACUGUGGUUGCAUAACAAGCUCUGGCGGGAUGCGACAGCCCAUGUUUUUGUGAUUUAUUUGGAGUAGUACAGGAUGUUUGGUUUUAUAUCUUCAGAGCCAAGGUUUGCCGUACCAAACUUGUGAAUAUUUGUUCCAUUGGCAACUUUGACCAUAUUUACCUACCAUUAAUUAGGUUUGAUGGCAAAAUUUUGGUU